AUGCGAGGAAAUCAUGUCUCGCGCGACGCAGGCCCGGAGCCUCGCGAACUGGGCAACAAGGAGGACGCUUCGUUCCAGGUGAUUGUGUUGGGAUCUACAGGCGGACCUCGCGAAGACAACAUCACAGGGUUGUUGGUGAGGGCACCCCAGUCGGAAUGGCGCAAGAGCUCUAUGAUCGCGGUGGAUGCUGGUGCACACUUGUCCAGCAUCAUCCGCAUCCUCCAGAGAGAAAUGCCUUUGACGUCUGAGAAAGUACCGGCAAAAGGAUACUCGCACCUGUUGGAAAAUGGCCCUUUUGCAGGCCUUCACUUUCCCAAUAUCAGUGCGAAGGCCAAUGCACUGUACAUCUUCCGCGAAAUUCUCCACGGUUUUCUCAUCACGCAUCCGCACUUGGACCAUCUCUCGGGCAUGGCAAUAAACACUCCGGCGCUUGAAUAUGGGAGAGAGGCGAAAGCGAUUGUGGCUUUACCAUCAACCAUUGAAGCUAUCAAGAAUCACAUAUUCAAUGACUGGCUUUGGCCAAACUUGUCAGACGAGGGGAAUGGAGUUGGCUUCGUGACCUAUAGACGACUGAUUGAGGGUGGAAAUCCUCGUCUAGGACUGGGCGAAUCUCGGGGUUAUGUCAAUGUCUGCGACGGGUUGGCUACCAAGUGCUGGAGCAUAAGCCACGGUAAAUGCCACAGAAGGCAGCACAGCGCGUCCUUUCAGCACGGCGACUCUUUCGGGUACCCGCCCGACUACAACUUUCCAUCUAGAAGGUUGUCGCGGAUAUCAGACGAUCAUGGCUAUUUUGCCGCGGUCGCUCAACAGCAAUCGCAAAAUGCCGGUGCCUAUCCUCCCGGGCAAAUUCAGAUGUCUGCUGGUCCAGUGACACCUGGCGGGCCUCUCGCCUCGAACGCUUUCGACAACAGCCAUCUAUUUGAGCCUGUCACAAGUUCUGCGUUCUUUAUUCGCAACGAUGAGACGGGGAAUGAGCUGCUGAUCUUUGGCGAUGUCGAACCCGAUUCGGUCAGUUUAUCGCCUCGCAACCACAUCGUCUGGGAUGAUGCGGCAAGCAAAGUUGCCAGUGGAAUGCUCAGAGGCAUCUUCAUCGAAUGUUCAUAUGAUGACAGCGUGCGCAACGAGGAUCUCUAUGGGCACCUGUGCCCAAGACAUCUGGUUGCAGAGCUCACAUUCCUGGCAAAUUGUGUCAUCAAUCGGCGAAAACAGAAGGCCUCCAACGACGGCGUCGUCACCGACACAACCUCUGAUGGGCCAACACCUAGUCGGCCCGUUGGAGCCUCAUCGGUACCGAAUUUGAUGAUGCGACAGCCACCGACACCGUCAGAGCUGAAACGCAAACGAAAACGGGCCGUGAAUGGAGAUCUAGCUGUUACGCCGGAACUGGCACGCGCCAGUUUUAGUGGCUUACCUUCGCCUCAAGCUAUUUCCAGCGGAUACGUAGGAAACCGAUCGGUCUCGUCGACCCGCCGAAAGCGUUCACACGAGCCGCGAGAAAGCGACCAGGUAAAUCUUCCACCUACUCCAGGGCGCGGACGCAAUGUCACCUUCCAAGCGGACUCGACAUCUGUACCUGUCCAAACUUUGAAUGAUCCCCUCCCCCCUGCGGCAACAACGUCGACUGCUCAGAAUCACCAGCGAUCAUCUUCGUUGCCCGGCUCAGCAAACUACCAGCGGGAAAAGCUUCCCGAACCACUGAAAGGUGUGACGGUACAUAUUAUUCAUGUGAAGGACACGUUGAUGGAUGGCCCGGCGCCAGGAGACGUGAUUCUCGGGCAGCUUCGGGCUUUGGGAGAGGACGCAGGGUUAGGGUGCGACUUUAAUGUGACAAAUUGUGGGGAUAGUAUUUGGGUCUAG